CAGUGUUUUGACAAGCGAGAAUUGUGAUAUGGUUUUUAUGUGAGUGCUUUUCGGUGUUAAUUUAGCCGGAAAAUCGCAAAGUCUCCCUCUUGCAGACAAUGGAGAGGAACAAGAUGCUAGGAAGUGGGCGCAUGAGCAAGGGCAAGUGCGCUAUGCCGCCGCACAGCAAUGAAUUGUUCGCCCUGGGAAAAGCCACCCCGACGGCUUCGAAGCCUCUGGAGAGGAAGAGGGAUUUGUCCGGGAGUUCCGGCUCGUCGGCGGGACCGCUGACGAAGAAGGGACGCCUCAGCGUGGGAAAGCCUGUGGAGAAGCCGCUGGGUGAGAUGGAUUUGUGGGAGCAAUCGGCAUUGGAGUGUGAACCUGUUGAGCUGGUGGCUUCUGUAUUCGCGGCGAUCGAUCUGCAAGACAGCGACACUCUGAUCGGGCUGUUGUGUGGUAGUAUCAAGCUGAUGGCCAGCACACGCCAUCAGCCGGACAACAUUCUGCUGCUGUCACUACUGUACCUGGCUAAGCUGCGUCCCAAUCUCUUCGCCAACGAGAUUGUCACGUCAGCUCUGGUGGGUGUGCUGAAGCAGCAGCAGCUGCAGCAGCAACAGCUCCAGAGUCAGGGUCCCAGCUUCAUGGAGCGCGCCCGGACGAGCAGCAUCGUACAGGUGAUGGUGACCAAUCUGCUGAUGCGCGGCUAUCACGACAAGGCGCAGUGGCCGGACAGCUUCAUGCAUCUGUUCAUGGAGGACGCCAUCAACGAGAGGAUUUGGGUGGACAAUGACGAUUGCAUGUGUUUCGUGGAGAACAUCUGUGCGCAGUUUGGCACAAAAGUGCCGCCCAAGAAUAUUCUGACGUCAGAAAUCACCACACUAAAUGUGCCCGGCAGUUCGGCUGUCAAGGAGACGCUGAAUGUCGACGAGGAAUCGUCGGAGUCUAUGCAGAGCAAUGACAUGAGAUCCGGCCUGGAGAGCAUGAGUGAUGUGGUGCGAAAGCCUAGAUUCACUAACAUUGCCAGCACGAUUGAGAAGCUGGUGGUGGACACGGUGAAGGAGACGCUGAAUCGGCGACAGUCGCCUGAAUCCUCCACGAAGAACUUCCUGCGCUUCCUCGUGUCUGUGUGUGGCAUUCCGGAGGUGCGAUCGCAGGCCAUCUCGCGCCUGGAGUUGUGGAUUCACAGUGGGAAACUGCUGAAGCCGGCACAAGAGUUGCUGGCGUACAUUUGCUUCAACAUCAACGGGAAAAUUACGAAAGAUCACGAAGUGUUGACGAAUCUCGUGAAGAUACGCCUGAAGACCAAGCAGUCCAUCAAUGUGUAUCUGCUGUGCAUACGCGAGAUGGUGAAGCAGCAGCCAGAUCUGCUGGCCAUUCUGCUGAAGCUCGUGGUGCAGAAUGAGCUGUCCAAUGCAAGGAAUCCCAACAACAUGGGCAUGCUGGCGAGUCUGUUCCAGGAGAAGCCUAAUGCCACGGCCAAGUGCUUGGCUGAAAUUUAUCAGGAGUUCCUGUUGCAGCGCGAAGACUACUUCCGCACGCUGCGCGUCUUCCUGCGCGAGCUGGUAAAGAUUCUGCGCUACGAUGUGAACUUGCAGGUGUUCACAAAGUCACUGCUCACAUUUCGCGAGGACAUUAACUAUCAGUUGCGCCACUUUGAGUUCAAAGAGCGCGUGUUGCAGUCAAUUGUGGACAUCUCCUGUCUCUGCAUCUUCCUCUCCGUCUCGCCGCAGAUCCGAGAAGUAGUGGCUGCGCUGAGAAUUGGCAAGGAGACACAAUCAAACUUCAAUCCCAUCCUGAGUGGAUUUUACGAGCACGUGGCGGUAAUUCAGCUGGACACGCUGAUUUGGAUUCACGAAGUGGUGCCGGUGAUCUUCAAGCCAUCCUCCAUUGAGUACACACAGAUUCUGCACAAGAUCCUCUUCCUGGACGCCCUGGAGCAGUACACGAAAAGUGAUCAGUGGCCACCAGAGCCGGACAGAGCGUCUCUGCUGCGACUGGUAUCGGAGAUUCCAGUGCGCGAGGAUGCAUUGCUGAGAAUCAUCUAUAUUGGCGUGACCAAGGAGAUUCCCUUCUCCGUGCCGGACACCAUGGAGAUCAUUGAGCAAAUCGUGAAGCGUGCAGCACUGUUCAGAUUCACAGACUACGCCACACUAAGUGUGAACAAGCUGGAGAUCAUUGACUUCCUCUUCAGCAUGGCGGAGUAUCAUCAUCCGGACAAUAUCACGCUGCCGGCGGGCUAUGAACCGCCCAAGUUGACCAUCAGUGUGCUAUUCUGGAAGGCCAUAAACAUCUUGCUGCUCCUCUCGGCGCACAAUCCCGAGUCCAUCGGCGCAUUCUGUUGGGAACACUAUCCACUGAUGAGGACACUAAUGGAGGUGUGCAUCACGAAUCAAUUUGCCGAGCUGAAGAAGAUUGAGGAGAAUGCAAAGAUUGCUGUGUCAGAGAAGUCACAGAUUCUGGAGUUUGAGUCACAUCUUGCCGCCGCCACGUCUAAAGUCAUCAUAACAGAGCAGAACAGUCUGCUGCUCUCUCAGCUGAUGCUCAUAGAUCCGAUGGGUGUGUCCAGGAAGCCGCCGAGUGUGGUUCUGGACCAGCUGAAGCAACUCAAUGUCACGUACAAACUCGGGCAUUUGCUGUGUCGCAGUCGCAAGCCGGACUUCCUACUGGACAUCAUCCAGCGACACGGCACGACACAAUCCAUGCCUUGGUUGGCGGAUCUGGUGCAGAACAGCGAAGGGGAGUUCAGUCACUUGCCCGUGCAAUGUCUCUGUGAAUUUCUGCUCUCCAAUUCGCAGAUCAAUUUGGAGAAUUUACGUGAUCUGGAGUUGGUGUCUUAUCUGCAGAAUCUCCUAAAAGUGAUGAGCGAAGAUUCGCCGAUUCCGCUCGAAGUGCUGGAGUACUUCCUGCGCCGGCUCGCGUCGACCAGCAAGCAGAACCGCGAGAUGUCCAUUAGGGGCCUUAAACUCCUGCUGAAGAUCUUCGACGAUGACAAUGCCACUCAAUUUGCGCCCAAGGAUGAGUUCAGCGAUUGGUUGCUCAAUCAUCUGCCACAGAUACCCAACUUCCUGCACGCACGCCAAUCUAUCAUUGUCUUCCUGCGCGCGGCAUGUCAAGUGGAGAACUGUCCGCGCUUGAUAAUGCUGUACAUUCAGUUUAUUGCCACUCACACACUCGAGGACUCGCUCACGGAGAUGAUCGAGAAUAUUGUGGACAUGUCGCAACUGAUCGUGGAGCGAUCAACUGUGCUGUGUCACAUCACACCACAGCAGGGCCAGGAGCGCGCACAGACGUUGAACUGUCUUUUCGUGAUGUUCAGCACGUACUUCAAGCACCUGAAGGAGCAGAAGCAGACCAUCAGCUGGCCAGAGUACCAAGAUGUGAUCAUGGUGCGCUUCUACGAUGGCGCAGAACUGCCUAUUCAUCUCAACAUCCUCCAUGCGCUUGUCAUCCUGCUGACAUUCUCAGGAGCACAGCCAAUCAACAUGGAUGAGAUCAUCGAUUACUGGUUCCCCGUAAAUAACUUCAUCCCCACCGGCUGGCAAAUUGAGACAAUGGAAACUGUACAAAUUCUGCCCGAUUGGCUGAAAUUGAAAAUGAUCAGGAGUUCAGUGGAUCGUCUGGUGGACGCUGCUUUGCAGAACCUGACACCAGAUCAAGUGCUGCUCUUUCUGCAGAGCUUCGGCACACCGAUUCUGUCUAUGUCGAAGUUGUUGGCACUGCUGGACAGGAUAGUCAUUGAGAAGAGUGACUUCGUGCAGUCGGCAUCGCUGCAUCGCACAUACUUGGCGCAAUUGAUAGAAAUUCAGCAGAGUAGAGGCGCCAAGAAUGGUCACAUUGCUGCACAGGCGUUGCAACUGGGUGCGCCGACGCUCAAGAAGUUACCGCCAAAGUCUAAGAUUCCCAUGCCGGACGCCACGACGCUUGGCAUUGACUACAGACACACGCAAUUCGAUCUGGCGCGCAUUCACAAGUCAGGCGAGAUUGAUGACAUCGUGCGCCAAGUGAUUAUGAACAAUGGAGGCCUGAGGAAGUUCAGGAAGCUGAUGCAGCAGCUCAUGAGUGGCGAUUUGGCAGACAAAGUGUGGUUUAGUGUGGGAAAGAUUGCGAAGAAUGUUCAGUUGGAGCCACAGAGAUGUGCUCAUCUCUGUCUCAUCUACAGAAUUUUGCUGAUGAAUGAGGGAAAGAGUCACAAGAUCACACAGGAAGUUCUCAGGGACAGUCUCAAUCAAGUGCUGAUGCAUCAUGAGCCGGAGUCGAAGAAGAAAUUGAAGAUGGAGAAGAAAUCUGAUUCCGCUCUCAUUACAUUCGCGCAGUGUCAACAGGAUGGAAAUGUGAUUAAGUCGUUGAUCCGGAAGUUGCGCGAGGAGAAGAGUCGGACGGGAAUUCUCGUGGACAUGCUCGUUGACCUGGAUUCUGAGCUCAUCUCCAGUCACUUUGACACACAGAUGGAACUUCUGUUCGGCACAUCGGAGCACAAGUUCAGAUUCUACUUGUUGAGUCUGCUGAGCCACCAGACCAACUGGCGCACGCUGCAGGAUGUGCUGAUGAAGCUCCUGGACGCGUACACAGAGGCAAAUGAUGCCGGAGCUGUGCUGAACUUCCUGUCCACCAUCAUGAACAAUCCGAAGCUGUGGCAGGCGAGGGAUAACAAGAACCAUCGGGACACGGUGGAGAGGAUCGUGGAGGUGGACAGUAAGCAGAUCCGUGUGCUGGUGGAGUAUGUAAUCAAGGAGGGUGACACGAAGAAGCUCUGCUCGCGUGUCAAUUUGCUGCUAAAUUGUGUGCGUCCGGACAACAUUCCGCACGUGAUUGAGUAUCUGCUGAGCGAGGAAAAUGAGUCAGUGGUUAGGCGGCAAUUUCUGCAGCAAUUGUACCUCAAAGUGCCGUUCAUCAAAUUCCUGGCGGGCGAGGAGAAGCGCUUGCAGAUGAUUUUCAACAGCAAUCUGCAAGAGUUUGGCGAGUGUUCGGCUGAUUCCAUCACACACUGCAUUCUCACGUUCAUCUCGAGUUUGUCGGGUGUGAAGGAGCGCCAGGAGGUGCAGGAGAACAUUGAGUUGCUGGUGAGAAAGCUGGCAGCCGCGCAUCCCACUAUUGUCCUCAGGCAGUUGCCAGAGAUUGCUGGGCUGCUGAAGGGACGCGCAGAGAUGGAUUCUUCGGUGUUCCGAGCGGAGAAUCACAUGAUGGUCUUCAACUACUUCUUUGGCGUGCUUGAGCUCAUGCAGCCGCACAUCUUCGCGCGUGAACAUCGCGUAGAUCUCAACACAAUCCUCACGAGUUAUCUGCACACACUGAAGCAACAUCAUGCGCACAACAAGGAAGUGCUGUCACUCAUCUAUCGCUUUACGGAGUUCAUCGAGGCGUACUUCAACACGAGCAACGGUCAGGCGUUUCAGUUCAUCGAGACACACAUGAGAUUCUUCCAGGAGUUGGCGCAGAAGAACCGCAGCGUGCCCGGAUUGGGACAACUGCUGCAGAAUGUGUCGCUGCAGCAGCACCAGACGACGAAGGAGGGCGAGAGCGUGGUGGCAUCUAGAUCGGUGGAUCUGGUGCUGAAUCAGCCUUCAUUCGGCAUCUCGCAUCACUGGACGAACAUCAUCAACCAGCGCUCAGACGAUGAGACCGUCAUUCCCACGCUCAUGGAAAUGAGCAGCUUGAUGAUGAAGUCCAGCACGGAGAUGUCCGAGGCGUACUUCGAGAAGCUGCUCACGCUGCUGUUCUCACACCUCACGCCGCUGCGCGAUACCGGCUACACCCUCCUCAUUCGCUACUUGAGGGCCAAUCCUGGCCACGCCAAGAUUAACACGAGCGCCACGAAUGCCUACUUCCGCUGCCUCACAUCCGACGAUCUGGCCGUCGUCUCGUCAGCGCUGGAAGUGCUCAGUGAGAUGGUGACGUGUCUGCAGGAGUCGGCGAAGGACAUUCUGCAGUGUGUCUUCGCCAUCGGUGUGUCCUCGAAGUUCAACACCUACGCGCCGCUGAAGAGAUGCGUCGGCGUGCUGAAGAUGCAGCACGCGUGCUGAAACUCCUGGACUUUUGCAUUUGUGUGCGAAUAAAGAGAAGAGAUGUGGAAUUUCAA